GGACAAAACGAUACUCCCAGGUGAUUCAUAUCUCUGGAGAUCGGCUCUUCAGUCUGUCAAUUAGUGAUAAUGGACCCCAUCGGCCGAGAGGAGACCACUCCCUCCAUCUGUACUCCCUCCCUCCUGAACACACACACACACACACACACACACACAUAAACACACACACUCUCUCUCUUUCUGUCUGUCUUUCUUUCUAUCUCUCAGUCAGUAAUAAUGGAGCCCAGCAGUCCGAAGAAGAUCCAGUUUGCCGUACCCCCGCUGCAGGGACAGCUGGACCCGCAGGCCGCCGAACAUAUCCGCCGCAGAAGACCAACUCCUGCCACUCUGCAGAUCUACAGACAACCUGGCACAGAUGGUGGAGAUCAACACAACGCCAGCGGAGAGGCACAGGCUUCAGAUUCCUCUCAGAGGAAGCAGAGCACCUACGCCCCGCCCACCAUGAAAGAGCUUCAGCUGGGGGUGGAGCAGCACCUUCUGGGGGCGGGGCUCUGUGACACAGACGACCAGCUGAGUCCAAUCACAGCACAGCUCUAUGCCACCGCCUCCCUGUGGGACAAUCACAAUGGGCCAGAGGAAGCCAAUGGGAAUGAGGCGAGUCUGCUGUUAGCCAAUCAGGAGAGAGGAGUGGCAGAGAGCAACAGCUCAGGGGAUUUGUCAUGUGACCACAAAAAGGACGCAUCCAGUCCCGACUCCGUUUCCCGAUAGCCUUCUUCGCCUACCUUCAUCUCUUUGUCUCUCAGUAACCAACCUUUCCUCCUCUUCCUCACUGCUGUCCAUCUGAUCCCACUAACACACUGCUUCUUCACCCUCCUGCUGCUCACGUUAAUAAUUAAUACUGUAUGUUUUCAUUUGGCAACCUCCGUCUCUUUCAUGCACACAAACAGAUACAGAGAGAUUUUAGUUGAAUGUACUGAAUCACUCUAAAUUCAAAUUACUGUAGGUGACACUGAUGGUUUUGCUUGUGU